AUGCAGCAGUACGUCAGCCUCCAAAACCUUUCCAUAUGUUUCCAGCUCUUAAUGCUCUCCUGUCAAACCCAGGGGGAGAAUCAACCGUCUCCUAAUUUUAACCAGUACGUGAGGGACCAGGGCGCCAUGACAGACCAGCUGAGCCGAAGGCAGAUCAGGGAGUACCAGCUCUACAGCCGGACCAGUGGCAAGCAUGUCCAGGUGAACGGCAAAAGGAUCACCGCCACGGCAGAGGAUGGCAACAAAUUCGCAAAGCUGAUCGUGGAGACAGACACCUUUGGGAGCCGUGUGCGCAUCAAAGGAGCCGAGAGCGAGAAAUACAUCUGCAUGAGCAAGAGGGGGAAGCUCAUUGGAAAACCCAAUGGCAAGAGCAAAGACUGCAUCUUCACUGAGAUCGUUCUGGAGAACAACUACACAGCCUUCCAGAAUGCCCGCCAUGAGGGCUGGUACAUGGCCUUCACGCGCAAGGGCCGCCCUCGGAAAGCCACCAAGAGCCGCCAGAACCAGCGGGAGGCACACUUCAUCAAGCGCCUCUACCGCGGCCAGCUGCCCUUCCCCAACAACGCCGAGCGGCAGAAGCAGUUUGAGUUUGUGGGGUCCUCCUCCCCGACGCGCCGGACGAAGCGCACCCGUACCCCGCGGCCCCGCACGUAGGGCCCUGUGUUUUGGAUAGUGCCACUCACCCCUGCUGUGUGGAGGGCCGGGCCGUCUGCCCGCCCCACACACAGACCCAGGCUGCUGCCCCAUGCUGUAUGUAGGGCCGGGCCAUCUGCCUCCCGCACACAGAUCCACUCUGCUCCCCCCAUUCCAUACCUAGGUCUGUGUGUCACUUGCACGCCCGGUGCCCACCACUACGCCAUGCUGCACAUUGCUGUGCGUCCUGCCCUCCAAACACACCCAUACCCACGCACACCCAUUGCCCCAGCUGUACAUAGGACUGUGCCCCCCAGCACCCUGCCACUCCCCAUAUUUUUUUUUACAAAGAUGCUCUAUUUUUAUACUUUGAUUCUCUUAGGCACAAAGAAAUAUUGACUCAAGGAGCAAGGAUCAGGUUUG